CAACGAUGGAAAUCUGAAGCUUCUUGAUGGGCAAAAAAAACACUGUGUGGUCGACUAAUGUCAUGGCAAAGUCAAAUUAUUCUGCAGCCCUCCUUUCAGACUAUGGAAACUUUGUUCUUCAAGACAGGAAUGCGAAUAUAUUGUGGGAAAGCUUUGAUGAGCCAACUGACACUCUCCUGCCAAACAUGACGAUUGGAGUAAACAUGAAAACAGGAAAGAAACGAAACUUGAUUUCCUGGAAAGGCGAAGAUGAUCCCUCCUUCGGAAGCUUUGUCGUAGGAGUGACAUCGGAGACACCACCUCAGCUUUUCACUUGGAAUGGAUUGAGUCGUUACUGGAGAAGUGGACAAUGGGAUAAAACCAGGUUCAUCGGAAUACCCACCAUGGACAACACAUACUAUGAUGUCCAGCAAGAUAUUGUCCAGGGAACAUCAAAUUAUACCAACAAUAAUCACAACAACUCCAUCUUUGGAUAUACUUUCAUCUCUUUUGAAGGAACUUUAAAGGCGGUUUGGUGGGCCAAUCACUGGUCAACAUACUGGGAGGCACCGGCACCAACUAAACCUUGUGAAAUUUAUGGAAAAUGUGGGCCCUUUGGAGUUUGCAACCAGUCUAGUUCACCUAUUUGUCGAUGCUUAGAAGGUUUCAAACCAAUAUCAGAUGAAGAAUGGAACAGAGGAAACUGGACCAAAGGAUGCCUUAGGGAAUUGGAAUUGAAUUGUCAGAAAUCUGCAAGCACAGCUGCUUCAACGACUGUCAGAAAAGAUAUGUUCAGGAAAAUGAGUGAGAUGAAGUUACCUGAUUCCGCUGAUUAUUUGUUGAUAAAUGAUGAGGAAAGAUGUCGAAGUUGGUGCCUAGAAAACUGCUCUUGCUUGGCCUAUUCUUAUGUGAAUGCUAUAGGAUGUAUGACUUGGAGUAAAGACCUCCUAGAUACUCUGCAACUCCCCACAGGUGGCGAAGAUCUGUUUAUUCGACUUGUGGACACGAGUGCAGGUGCUGCGGGUGUACCUACACGGACAAAACUUAUCAUCAGUGUCAGUACUAUAUCUGGAAUCAUCUUAUUUGGAGCCGGUAUUUCACUCUGUGCUCUUUCAAACUGGAGAGGAAAGCUUAGGAAAAUGACAAUCCCAAGUCUCUUUAGGUCAGUGGCUGCAACCAUCAGAUCAGAAAAACUACCAAGGGAAACUUCAUGGAAAGAGCAAAUGAAGGAAGAUGAUGCAUCGGAAGCGGUGGUUUAUGAUUUUGAUAGCAUACGCCUAGCGACAGACAACUUCGAUGCAAAAAACAAACUCGGGCAGGGAGGGUUUGGCCCAGUUUAUAAGGGAAAACUGAGCGAUGGUAAGGAGAUAGCAGCAAAGAGACUUUCGAGUAGCUCAGGCCAAGGCAUAGCAGAGUUCAAGAAUGAGAUACUUCUAAUAUCCAAACUUCAACACCGAAAUCUGGUCAAACUCCUCGGUUACUGCACCAAAAGAGAAGAAAAGAUUCUAGUGUAUGAGUACUUACCGAACAAGAGCUUGGACGCCUUCCUUUUGGUUUGUCUCACUCUUUGA